UGCUGACUGCGAAGGCGAGCCUUCGCAAUCGAUAGUCUGCCGUUCCAAGAGGAAACUCCUGAUAGAAGGCCAAAGAGUUUGAGUGGUUUUAAUAUGAAGUUCCUGUGGCUUGUCAUCGUCGUGGCAUUCAGCGUAUCUUUAGAGAAAUCUUCCGUAGAAGGUGGAUGUCUUGAUCAGAAAAUGGAUAUCGCCAUUCUCGGUGACGUGUCCAAGAGCAUGAACAAGGACCACCGAAAUAAGUUAAGACAACUGGUUUAUUCAUUGGUGAACAAACUAGGGGUUUCUGCUGCAGGAAAUCACUAUGCUCUUGGCACUUUUGGAUCAUAUGUUCCAAUUCACUUCUACUUGAAUUCAGGAAGAUACCACAACCCAAAAAACUUAAAGGACAUGGUUAAAGCCCGUUUUAAUUUUGUUCCAAAGUUAGUGGGAACACGCACUGAUCUCGCCAUGAAAAACGCGUUAAAUAUAUUUACCAAAGAAAAAGGAGACAGACCUGACGCUAAGAAUAUCUUGUUCGUCUUUACUGAUGGAGCACCGUUCAUUGGCGAAUGGGAUAAGAGAAAACGGACUCCUUUUGGACCGUCAACAAAUGCUCUGGAGGCCAGAGGUGUGAGCAUAGUUGUUAUUGGAGUUGGUAAGGACUUAUACAAAAGAAAAGAACAAAUGAAAUGGAUAGCUGGCAAAAAGGGAAAAGUUCUUCUGUAUGGCAGCUUCGACGCACUCAUCAAAAGUCUGAACCAGAUCCUGCAAGCUACAUGCCCUGUUGAUGGGGGAUACACAGAUUGGUCUGAGUCGAAGUGCAGUGUGACGUGUGGAGGAGGAGUGAAGACACUUACAAGAAGCUGCACCAACCCCCCGGCAUCUAACGGUGGGAAGGACUGCAGUCAGCUUGGACCAGCUAAAAAGACUGUUCCAUGUAACGAACAAAAAUGCUCUGUUGACGGGGGGUACACAGAUUGGUCUGAGUCAAAGUGCAGUGUGACGUGUGGAGGAGGAGUGAGGACAAUUACAAGAACCUGCACAAAUCCCCCGCCAUCUAACGGUGGAAAGGACUGCAGUGAACUUGGACCAGCUGAAAAGACAGUCCCAUGUAACGAACAGAAAUGUCCUAUUAAUGGAGGAUACACUGAUUGGUCUGAGUCAAAGUGUAGUAAGACGUGUGGAGGAGGAGUAAAGACGUAUACAAGAACCUGCACCAAUCCCCCUCCAUCUAACCUUGGAAAAGACUGCAGUGAACUGGGACCAGCGAAAACGACAGUUCCGUGCAACACACAAGAAUGCCUACCUCCAUGCACAGCUGGACUUGAUAUUGCAAUCGUUCUCGACAAAUCCCAGAGCGUUAAAUUAGGUAAUCUGAAAACGGUCAUCACCUUUUUGGGCAAUCUGGUUAAAAACUUCGACCCUUCACCUGAGGCAGAUCACUUUGGCCUUAUUACCUUUAACAAAAAAGCACAAAUGUCUUUCAAACUCGGUGAUUCACGAUAUCAUGAUAAAGACGCCUUGCUACAGAAAAUAGCCAACGAACCAAUGGUCUUAAAGUAUCAAACUCGCACCGAUCUGGCUCUUAUUAUGGCGAGGGACGAGAUGUUUACUGAGGAAGGAGGAGACAGACCAGACAAACCAAAUGUCAUGAUUGUACUUACAGAUGGAAAACCAACUCAUCCGAAAAAUGACUUUGAUUUUAAAGCAUUUGCCAACAUAAUAUCCGAGGAUUUCACGGUGAGUGUAAAAUCACGUUAUCGGGUUAUUAAUUAAGCGUUAUUAUACCUUUAAUGUGGUUUGUUGUAUAUUGAGAAAUAUCAUGCGCCAAUUUCUAGUUGAGGUGUAACGUUCAUUUUCAAUAUUCUUUCGUGUUAAGGUACUAGAUGCAAUGCGCUAGUUUCUUUCGUUGAAUACUUCCCAUUUCACCUGCGAUUUAUUAAUCAGUAGAUCAGCUGCGGAAUCGAUUAUUAUCUAUACAGCAAUUUCUGAAGGAUUCCAAUCAAAAGCAGGGAAUACGCAUUGCCCUGCAUUCCGGUUAAAGUCGGGUUUAAACUUUGGCAGGGGCAUCUGUGUUGAAAGAAAAAGAAAACUCAAAUCUUACACUGCACGACUUCCUGCGGACAGAAAAUUAAAACUAUCCCAUUGGAAACUAUCAGGAAAACCCGACGAAAAUCUAUAGGGCUUAGGCACAAUCUCAACCUAACCUGUAAUGGUUAAUAGCUGUCUCAUGCAAUUGAAGCCGAAUUACAAAGAUAUUUUAUGGCAACAGAUAAUGAAAAACAGUUGAUGCCGUACAUUUUUUCAUUUUACAGAAAAAGGAAAUCAACAUUGUAGCAGUGGGUAUCGGUCCAGGAGUGGAGGAAGCCACUCUACACGAUAUCGCUGGCACAGGACCUGUGAUUCAGGUGGAAAACUUCGAUAAGCUUGAUGAAACGAUCCAAAAAAUCAAGGGAUCUGCUUGUUCGGGAUAGCGAGGUUGGUAUUUCGAGACGGACAUGCGUACAUGAACCGUACAAGCCAACAGAAUUCUUAUGGAUGCAAAUGAUACUGAAAAUAAACUUUGUCAAAAAGGAAA